AACGCUCGGUGGGCACGGGGCGCGAGGUAGUGGAGUGCUGUUGAUUUUGCUCGAUUUUUAGCGUUUUUAUUCACUUGGUGACACCGACAGCGGUAGCAAACGCGGACAAGUGCUUGUUCCUUUCUGUCUUUUUUGGUCCGGCUCACGUUGCCGACGCAGCCCCGGUCCCCUCGGUAAGAACAAUGCCCGGCGAAGCAGCGGUAGCUCUGGCACCCCAGCUCGGUCCUAACGAGGUCCCGGCGGCUCCGCAGAAGUCUUUCCCUUUUGUUUUGAAGAAGAUCAUGGAUAUCCCUCCUCCUAACAUCCUGGAGGAGGGCGACGACGAUUUGGAGAAAGAGAAGCAGAUUCCCCCUGACAGUAUUGAGGGUGGGGAUGUUGCAUCCAGUACAGGUGGAGGUGCAAGAGGAGGAGGAGGAACAGGGGGUGGCAGUGGCGGCAGUGGAGGGGUAUCAGCCUCCCUGACUCCUGCCAUCUGGGAGAAGACCAUUCCUUAUGACGGGGAGACCUUCCACCUGGAGUACAUGGACCUGGAUGAGUUCCUCCUGGAGAACGGCAUCCCCGUGAGCCUGGAUGAAGAGGAGCUGCAGAAGACUCUAGCUUCAGUGGAAGGCAAAGGCAAAUGCAUUCCCAAACUUCUUGGAUUGGCUGCUGCAGUAACUUCCACACCCACUCCUGCACCUGCCACGCCUGCGGCUGAAGUUCCUGCCCCUACCCCAGCUCCCGAUCCUUCCCCCACAGCGGCCACCUCUGAACCUGAAGAACCUGUGACCGUCACAACCUUGCAACCUGCUAAACUAGAGGAAGAUGAGGAUGAGGAAGAACAGGAAGAGGAAGCUGUGCCCAAAAAGCCACCAGCCAAAGCAGAAGUUAAAAGAACAGAGUGCAACACGUCCUCCCCUGUGGAUCCUGAUGCCAUUGAGGUGGACAUCAACUUCCAGCCAGAUCCCACAGAUCUAGUCCUGUCCAGCGUCCCUGGAGGAGAGCUGUUCAACCCGCGCAAACACAAGUUCUCUGAUGAGGAGCUGAAACCACAGCCGAUGAUCAAGAAGGCCAAGAAGGUGUUUGUUCCCGAUGAGCAGAAGGAUGAGAAGUACUGGUCCCGGAGGAAGAAGAACAACCUGGCGGCAAAGCGUUCUCGUGACGCGCGGCGGCUGAAGGAGAACCAGAUCACGGUGCGCGCUUCGUUUCUAGAGCGGGAAAACGCGGCGCUGAGGCAACAGGUUGCUGAGCUGCGAAAAGACUGUGGGCGCUGUAAGAACAUCUUGGCCCGCUACGAGGCUAAGUACGGCCCGCUGUAAAAAAAACAAAACAGAAAUCCAUGACGCAUCAGUGAGGCAGAAGGAGAACUCCCUUCCCCGCAGACAUACAACACAGACACAAACACAGAGGGAACCUAAAUUUGCACUGUCGCCUUCACUGACCUCCCGUCGCUGUCUCUUGAUGUGACGCUGGAGUUUUGGAUACACGCACGGACAGGCAGUGAGGCAUGAUGGGAGCGAUGGGCCUGUGGAGAGCGCCUGGCUCCUUCACUCAGAGAAGAGGUGGACCGUUCUGGGUACCCCCCCCGUGCUCAAAAGGCACAUGGAACAUAGGGUUUAGCUCAAGUUAGGCUAUCUAGUCUGGUUUAAGAGACACACACACAGCGCUUCUUCAAUCAGAAGUACACACUCCAAACAUGGAUCCCCGUUCUCGUGUGUUGCACUUAAAAUCUGGGGCUGAACAGGAGCAGGAGUUUGAUCGGUGUAGAUUCUGGAUCUGAGUCCAGUACCGAAGGAAAACAGGAAAGGUAGAGGGGGGGGGGGGGUUAGUGGUCUGAUUCAGCUUAGGUCCAUCCCUCUCCACCCCACGUACGUGUGUGUGCACACAAACACUUAAAACUACUGUGUGCGUAAACAGUAAUAACUCAUAGUGUUUUGUGUGUUAUUGACGCCAUUUUUGCACUUUUUCGUUCUAAAAAAACAAAAUCUAGAACAACACGUAGCACUUGUUCACAAACGUGGUGAGACAUGCAGUAGCUUCCUUAGACGGGGGAGAACUAUCUAUUUUUUUUUAGCGACUGUAGCUCUUAAAGCUUAGCAUAUUCAGACGUGCUUAAAAAAACACGUGGAGGGUUUUAAAGGUUUACUUAAAGUAACUGAUGAGGAUCUCCAGGGGCCUCUCCUGUGGAGGGGUAUGUUUAUGAGUAGAAAUGUUUAUUUCACUGCAAGUAGAGGGCGCUAGAGUCACAAUCUGCCUACCAAAGGUUUUAGUGACACCAGGUUGAUUCUUUAUCUUUAUAAAAAUGUAGCCAGGCCCAAAACCUGCGUGCUCCCAAACGUUGUAAAUAUCUCGUGGUCUUUAUUAACUCAACAGUAUGUUUGCCAAGUAAAGAGUGCUGUAUUUAUUCUGAAGGUAAUAAAUAACACAUCGGUUGAUUUGUGACGCAUUUGAAAAUUCCUCCAGCGAACAACAAUAACACGACCAACAACAGAGCAGGGGAUUUAAUGGGUAAGCUGUGCCGUGAGGUGUUUUUUAAAAACAGAUGAAUACGGUCAUUUGUUUUGAUUUCUUGUCCCAAUUCUUCCUCUUUUUGAGUCAGGCAGGGCUACAAAAGCAUUAAUGGUUGAGGCAGAGAGCACUUAAAAAGGCAGCUGAGAUUUUUUUGAAUCCAAGAUGACAAAGGGGAGUUCUUUUUGCCAAAGUGGCCGUUUGUGAGCGAAUAAAAACAUUUUACUGACUGUUAGGCGUUUCUACGUUUUCAGUGUCUUUGCUGAUGCACAUUUUUCCGUCACUGCAUUCUCGGAAAGAAAUGAACGUGGCAAUAACCCUCUGUUGUGUAAUGUUUGAUUUUGGUGAUGUUGUAUGUAAACUUUGCUAUGAUGUUCUGAAUAGAAACGUCCCAAAGUCAUAUGUGCUUCCAGUUUAGAUCCUGUAUCUUGUUAAGGAUCCCAAAUGCAUGAAAUCCGGUGAAGUUGUUUUCUUUAGUUACCUGUGAGUUUUUACACCAAGUGUACUUAUGUGUGCAACCCAUCGCUGAAAGCUGGAGACGUUUGUGGACGGCCGGGCUGAUGGCAUGCCGUACGGGUCUGACAACAGGAAAGGGGGGAAAGGCGAACAGCAUCUUGGAACUCUGUAGAUUGAAUUUGGCCUACAAACACUGGAUCAGCUGGUGCUUUUGUGUUACCUGACGGUGUAAUAUGAGACAUCUUAAAGCUUUUUUGUUUCAGUUUGCACUGACAUUCAAUUUAAUCCAGUUUAGACAACAGAUGAGUGAACUUUUUUUUUUAUUUGGCAGGAAUUUUAAAAAGUUCUGGCAAAAGAGGCCCUUUUAAAAAUAUAUUUCAUAAAGUGUAGCAGAUCCUUUCUUUGUUUUUCUGAUGCGAAGCACCUUUUAUAUUGAGACUUUAUUAGAAAAAAUUGUCAAACCAACCUGUGUUUUUGGUAUAGACUGUUUAAAAAAAUUCUUUGUCUUGGCUAAAACAUUUAAUGUAGCACUUAUUGCAGAUGUUUGGUUUAAAAGGAUUACAUUUGUCCGUGACAUUUCAGUGUCAUUUUUCCAAAUGGAAAGAUUUGAUCAGUAGCUAACAGGUGUGCACAAGUUUCAUUAUGCAAUAGGUUGGGAAAAUUGCAAAUACUGGACAGCAUGUCAUCUGCAUACAGCAAAACGCAGAGUAGAUACUGUAUCUGUCUGAUUUGAACUGAGCUGCAUAAGUUCAUUUAAAUGUCACGACUUUAGUAAAGAGCAUGUCACCCUCAACAACUUACUCCACUCCCACUUCAUGUUUGAAAAAUGCAACAAAUGUUGCCUGGCAGACUGAGAGGGGGCGGAGCCGCUAACUAAUACACACAAACAGGCUCAAAACAGCAUUGUGCCAUCAUAAUGUUCCAGCUAACGUUAUCGUGUACCUCUAAAGCUUGGUUUAUGCUUGACGCAUUCACUUUCCGCUUGGUGAUGCGGCUCGCGGAUGGAACGCGCUUCACAACUCACAGCGUUGAUGGUUCAUGCGGCUCGUCUCUGCGGUGAGCCAAUACUCUCCCAAACUGUAGGGGGCAGCAUGGAGCUCUACGGCAUGCAUCCAACACUACACCAUAGUAGAAGUAGAAAUUACUGUUGUUUACAACAUGGCAUUCCAGCAUUUUUUAACAGCGUCCUCGUCUUUUCCGACAGUGCGAGCUAGUUCUCUCCAAGAAUUAUUAACAUGUUGAUCACGGUGAGAGCUGAAUCAUGCAAAUGUCUGCACUUAUGAACCUCUGCCAUAACUACUUCUUGCCAGUCCCCCAUGUUUUUUCGCGUCCGACCGUCCGCGUGGUUAGAAAAUUUCCUAGGUGCGCAGUGCGGAAAUUUUGGGCUGUGCGGAGGGGCGUGGUUGUUAAAAUGACGCAAUUUCGUAGCGCAGAGCCGUGCGAACCUCACGGACACGUCAAGCAUAAACCAACCUUUAGCCAAUAGCAGUGGCAGAUUUAAAUUUAAAUGUAGUGCAGAGUUUUUACCUAGAGACGGCACAACACUGACAGUUUUAAGCAGAAUAUUUAAUUUGAACUAAGAUGCACUAAAGUGCCAAAUUAUUGACUACAGGUGUCUACAGCACGAUUAGACACUCAUUUAUAUGGUUUAUCAGCAAAAAUAAUAAUAAAUUUGGGGGUGACUUGCUCUUUAAAGUUCUGAGCCAAGAAGCUGUUUUAAAGUGCUUCACAUCAGUGAACAGUUUGUUUCUCUUUACCAAAUCCCCAAUACUGGACAUCCUUUUUGAAGCAUUUUAAUGUUUUCUUUGUUCUCUUUUUAUAUGAAAGUGUUUUUGUAAUAACAUAUACUUGCUUAUGUAGUAACGAUUUAACCAUGUCUUGUUAAAUGCUUAUGAAAUAAAGUGCAGUUUAAUGA